AUGGCGGCCGCUGUGACGAUGCCGGAAAUGGAAGCCCAGGCAGCCUUUAUUCCCAAGGACAUCAUGGCUAACAUUUUCAAAAGACUUUCGGUAAGAUCCUUAACUCGCCUUCGAUGUGUGUGCACACAUUGGAAAAAUCUGAUAAAUGAUCUCAUCAAGACUCCGUCUUUCAUCGAAGAUCACUUCAACUAUUCUAGCUGUCGAAACCCUUUGCUUCUCCUUGAACAGUACCAUCGCAGAUUCCGAGGUAUCAGCCUCAGAGUGCUGGAUUGCGAUAUGCGAGUCCAAAAAGUUCAAAAAUUGCCUUCUACUCAUUCUCUUUAUGAUUUUAAGGUCUUGGGUUCCAGCAAUGGCUUGGUCUGUGUUAAAAUUGAGAAUGGUAUAAAUCCUCAUCCCAUUUUGAUAUGGAAUCCCGUGACUAGAGACAUCAGAGAGGUGCGACCCAGAACUAUUGUUCAUUCUGACCUCAUUGCCGAGGUAGGAUUAGAGUUCUACAGAACUCACAUUGAUCCUCGUGAGCUUGAUGACCGUUAUGGAUUUGGGUUCAGUCCUCUUGAUAAUGAUUACAAGAUAGUGAGAAUCAAUGAAUAUAAUCAUUAUGAUAUCAAAGCCGUGGAAGUUUAUUCAUUGAAUUGCGGGUCAUGGAAGCACAUAGACGUGGGAGACGACCUAGAUGGGAUAUCAACAUUAUAUAGAUAUAUCACUAUUAAUGGAGUUAUGUUUUGGCAGGUUAUGUGGUGCGAAGAUGAGUAUCUAAUACUUCCGAUUGACCUGUCAAAGGGGGAAGUGCGUAAGUUGAUACCAAUGCCUGACAUAGGCGGUUUUCGUCGUACAAGCCUUAUUGAGUAUGAGAACAAACUUGCUGUGGUUGCUUGCGUCGUUGAAGAAGAUCAUGUAUCUAUUCUGACUCAUUUGUGGGUGAUGGAGGAGAACGGCAGGAGAUAUGGAUGGACUAAAAUAUAUACUAGCGGCCUUUCUCCAUGGGGGACGUUAGAUCCCGUGACUAUUUGGAUGAAUGAGAUUGUCUUGCUCCCUUUUCAUGAGAUUGAGAAUGAUGGACAUGAAACAAUUUUAUAUCUGCUCGAUCUCACUGCUAAUGAGUUUAAGAGGCUUCCCGUUAGAUCUCACUCUUCCAAUUUUGACCCAGCAAGGAAAAGAAGACCUCCCUCUUGGAUCAAAAGAGAUAUAGAUACUGAGAUUUUCAAUUACGUGGAAAGCUUUGUAUUGUCUGCUCCACUUCUGCCACCGUCUCCUGUAAACGGAGGUCAUCCCGGCGAUCUUAUGCCGUCUCUGAAGCUUGUGGAUUUCUUUCCUCAGCUAUAA